GGAGGGACUACCGGCAGCAACCACGUGACAUGCGGCCCUUUCCCUCACAGUCCUGACUUCCUCUUGGUUACCGUUUUUGGCGGUCCGGUCGGGUUUGGCGUCCGGUCGCAUUUCAGGACGAGCGGACAUGAUGGAACCUCCGAAUCCCGGAGAGACGGGGGAGAAGAAGAAGAGUUUUGGGGGCCGUCUCCGCACCGGCCGCCUAGCCUUGUGGUGGAAGAGUCUCCUGCACGACUAUGCUGAAGCCUGCCGAGAAGUCGCCCAAGGCAUCCGGCAGCGGCCGGUGAAAGCAGGGCUCUACUUAUCGCUGCUGGCUGGAACGGUGAGCUGCAGCCUCCGCAACCCCAGUGAAGCCUCAUUCGACUCCAGCCUCCUGGAAGCCUCGGGAACUCUCCUACUCCUCUCGCCCUGGACGCGCAGCAGCAGCUCAGAAAAGCAUACCCAGCGGCUGAUGGUGCUGCGAAACCGAGGCCAGCUGCGGGUCCAGAACCUCGUGUUUUUCUCCCUCCUCUACGAGGCGCCUUACGACGCCGGAGCAGACCUCUAUCAAGCGCACUGCAAGUAUCUGAAGCCACGGUGGACUGAUUUUCCCAGCCGAGUCCUCGAUGUGGGCUUCUGGGGGCGCUGGUGGGUGUUGCACUCUAGAAUGCAAAAUUCAGACAUUAACAAUGAAGAGUUUCAGUACCUGCCAGAGCAUCUCAGGACCAUUUCUUUUAAUGACUUGCACUCAGAAACCAACGAGAAACUUUUUGAUGAGAAGUACAAAGCUGUGAUUCUGACAGAAGAGCAAAUCCAAAAAGCUGACAGGGAGAAUCAAGGGCAACUGCACUCUUAAUUAAAGCAUUUGGGUGAUUAAUAUAGUAAUAGAAAACAAACCAAGGUACUUCGUUUAUUCAUAUUUCUAUUUUUUCCCCAGGACUCAACUAUUCAUUGCUGCAUUCUUGAUAGGCUUAGAUGCAAAAAUAAAUGCUAUCCAAGACUGAGGAGACGUUCGGUGAGCAAUUCUUAGUGCCGCCUAACGUGAUUGAGAAAUUGAUAAUAGUUAUCUCUUGGUAGUCAUUUUUUCUCUAAAUGUCAUGUAAAACUUUGUGCAAAUUGGAGAACAAAUAGUUCAAUCCAACACCUUUUCUCCGAUCUCAUAGUGUUUCCUGCCCAUAUUAUAAUCUCCCCAUAUCACUAAGGAAAGUUCCAUACUAUUUGUUCCCUAUCAGAAAUGCUCAGCUUCACUUCAGUUUCUGUUUGGAUUCUGCAAAAAGGCAAGGCAAUAUGAUUUCCAAGCCCCAACACAUUUUUUCUUUACAAACCAGCACAUUAGCUUAAAAAAAUAUUGUAGAGACUUUCAUUUUGUUACAUUUCAGUUACAUUUACUGUAAAAUUAAAGCUUAAUACAGUCUGCUUCACUUUCAAAAUAUUAUUUUUUAUAAAUCUGUUCCAAGUCUUUUCUAUGUAUUUUUCCAAGAUGUAAGUAACAGAUUAUCAAAUUUCUUUAACUCCUUUGUAGAUUUUCUAUACAUUGCUGAAUAAUGUGAAUAUUAAUGUUUUCUAAAACCCUGUUGGUCAGCAAUCUGACGAUUCUAAUUAUUGUCUGAAAGGAACAUAUGUUGAGAUGGCAAAAUUACAGUUUUGUACAGUUUGCCUCAGCAGGCCUUGGCCAGUGAAAGUUAUACAGGAAACCCCUAGCCCAGGGGUGUCAAACUCAAAGCCCAGGGGCUGGAUCCAGCCCUUGGGGUGCUUAGAUCUGGCCCGGGGGCUCCCCUGGAAACAGCGAAGAACCAGCCCAUAGUGGCUCUGCCAGGGAAAACGGAGCUCAGCAAGGCCUUGUGCAGCCCUGCCGAGCUCCAUUUUCCCUGGCAGAGGGUUAUAGGAGGCCAUUGCCGCUGAAACUAAGCUCAGGAGUCUGUUUUUGCUGGCAGAGUGUUCAAGCCAUCACAGGCUCCCCCAACACAGGUAAAGUCGAGCUGGCCAUGCCCCCCCCCCCGGCCUGCCCCUCCGCAAGGUCAAUCACAACCCUGAUGCAGCCCUCAGUGAAAUCGAGUUUGACAUCCCUGCCAUGGCCUGUGGGUUAAGCAUGUGACCCAAACCAUAGAAGAUGUGCUUGACUUAUUUUUAUAAUUUCUGCCUUUCUAUACCUUAUUUGUCGCAUGCCAGCUUCCUUUUAUGUAAUCAAGCGAAAACAAAGAAAGGUAAAUAUCUGCCUUAUGCUAUGUUCAGGCUUCCUCCAACUUUAGGAGGAUCCAUCUUUAUUCAGCUGAAUAAAUGUUGGCUUAUCAAGA